CUUAGAACCUUGUUAAUCCAUUAAAACAGAUGAACUUAACUACAGAAGAAAUUAUAAACUAUAAUCCGUUCCUUGCAACAACCAAUCAUAAAUUUUUCCAACCUAAUGUACUUCUGGAUAGAAUCCUAUGAUUCCCUCCCACAGCUCCAGAAUGCAUAAAACCGAAAGGUCAAGGUUGCCCCUUGUGAUGUCAGAAUAAGAGCUCAUACUGCCAGGGAUGUUUUUGUCUGGAGUCUGAAGAGCAAACAAUUUUAAAUUUGCUAGUGGGGGCAUUGCUGUUUUCAAUAAAAGACAGUGUUUGUGUCUCCAAUCUGUACUCCAUUUCAUAUAUCAGCAAUGGAGAAUCAGGCUUCGAAUGGAAGAAAAGCAAUGGAAGAAGAGCUCAACAAAGGGCGUGACACAGCAAACCAGUUACUUGAAAUACUUGUUCAUAAAUCCAACACUAGUCAUACAGAUGCAGAAGUAGAAGGGUUAGUGCUACCAUCUGCUGAGGAUCUUGCUCGCAAGGUACUCAGAUCGUUCUCAAAUACCCUUUUGCUGUUGAGCACUCAAAGUGAUGUUUCCGAUGCUCUUGUUAUGCCUGUCACUGUCAAUGAUGUCUCUUCGUCCCUCAUAUGCCCUAAUCUUGAGGAUAAGGAUGGGGUUUGCAAGAGUUCCAUCAAUGCUAAAAGACGAAGAAUAUCCCACAAAAGAAAUGCACCAACAUGGGAGAAGAACAGCUCACACCUGAUUGAAGAUGGCUAUAUAUGGAGAAAGUAUGGACAGAAAAUGACCAUCAAUGCAAAAUACCUCAGGACCUACUACAGAUGCACUCACAAGUAUGAUCAGGGUUGUCCAGCAACCAAACAGGUUCAAAGGAUUCAAGAGAACCCUCCAUUGUACCGAACAACUUAUUAUGGUCAUCACAAUUGCAAAAGUCCAGAAAUAAUGUUGGAACCAGCUUCUUCUUCUGACUCUUGUAUGUUCCUUAGCUUCAGUACCACCUUCCCGACCAAAGAAAAAUACCAGUUUUUAUCAUCAGUUUUUUCAUCCACGAAACAGGAGCCUAUGGAAGUGAUUCCGGAUGACUGUGGUAUACACAACCAAUUACCCUCUUCAGAUUACAAUCUGUUAAGUGACUAUGAACUUGAUUUCAAUUGUUUGAGGCAUGACACUGUGCAGUCUAUGCCAUCCUCCACUGAAUCUUUUCUAUUUGAUCAAGUUUAUGGGAGCGAUAUGGAUUUUGAUGGCUAGGAAUGCUCCAGUUUCUACAUUUAUUUAUUUCUGUAAGGGCUUUGGUAACUUCAUCUUCGAACAGAGGUUAAUUGCUUUUAUUACUUAAUUUAGAAAGUCUUUACAGUGCU